AUGGGGACUUAUCCAGUGGCAAUUGGUGAUGUGGCUAUAGGGACAAUUUUGUUAUCAAAGACUGUGGUUGGAGUUUUGGGCAAUUUGUUUUUCCUCUACAAUUAUGCCUUGCUGUACUUCAAGGCAUACAGAUUAAAGUGCAUGGACUGGAUUCUGAUGCACUUGAUUGUAGCAAACUUCUUAACUCUCCUGUGUAAAGGUGUCCCACAAACAAUGGCAGCUUUUGGUUUGAAAUGUUUCUUCAAUGAUUUUGAGUGCAAGCUGCUUUCCUACCUUCACAGAGUGGGUAGAAGUGUGUCGUUUGGCAGCAUGAGCUUAUUGAGCGUCUUCCAGGUCAUCACUAUCAGCCCUGAGGAUGCUAUUUCAAGAGGAUUUAAAAAGAAAGCUCCCAAGUACAUCAGCUAUUCCAUGUAUGUGACAUGGAUCUUGUCUCUUCUUUUUAGCAUUGUUUCGCUUAAGCACAUGUCUGCAAAACUGUGCAGUAAAAACACCACAAGUCUCAAAGACUUGGGUUACUGUUCUUCUGUUCCUUUUGACAAAACUGAUGAAAUACUACAUGUAGUAUAUGUGAUAAUUCCUGGUGCUGUGUGCAUGAUAGUGAUGCUAUGCUCCAGUAGCUCCAUCGUUCUCAUCUUGCACAGGCACAAGAAGAGGAUGCAACAUAUGUCUAGGACCAUUAUCUCCCCUAGAUCUAGCCCUGAGUUGAGAGCAACACAAACCAUUCUUCUCCUGGUGAGCACCUUUGUUGUCUUUUAUACACUCUCCAUACUUUUUACCAUUUGUUUAAAUUUUGUGGUUAAACUCAGCUGGUAUCUGGUGAGCAGUCAUGCAAUAUUUUCAAUGUGUUUUGCUUCUGUCAGCCCCUAUCUGCUUAUGAGACAUUAUUCCAGUGCAUUACAGCUUUGUUUUCCUUGGAAAAAGUAUUAA